AUCGAUGUUCUUUUCGCUCUGGGCAAACGGAUGCAAGACGAAGAAGAGACACGUGUGAGCAGAGAGGGGUGACUGGAUCUAUCCAAGGCACACUUCAUUUUUAAAAAAGCCAAUAAAGUUUGAUUUGAGCCUGAGAAUUGACUUCAAAAGAAAACUGAGAGGAGCGUAUCAACUGACCUGAGUGCAGCCGGAGAGGUCAAGGUGGAUGAGAUUGCGACAGCCCUUCCCUGUUCUCAGGCUGAGCAGCAGCAGCUGUGUUCCAUCAACAAUAGCACUGUUGACCUUUGACCCAGUGCUGCCAUUUUUGUAAGACCCUUGUCACACACCGCUGCUUUGACUCCAGCCCUUCUCACUAAAAAUAGAGAAUCCCCACAGGGCUCAGGAUGCGUUUGACCUCCUCUCUCCUCGUGGCCUCCCUGCUCCUCCUGCUCCUCCCGUUCAGCGACGCAAAGAAACCUGGAAAGGGACGAGGUCUCCGAGGUGCCAGACACAAACUCACACGUGAUAGGGUAAGGGGUGUCGGGUCUCACAGCAGAUCCCGCUCCUCCAGACUGGCGACACCUGAUUGCUCUGAGCUCACAGAGUCCGGAGAAGUCUUCGUCGACUGCCAAAGCCGACGCCUUAACUCCAUCCCCCCCUCACAGACCUGGUCUCAACAACCGAAACACCUGCUUUUAGCUCACAACCGGAUCAAAGUCCUCCACGAUGGAGCCUUCACCGGAUACGAGGGUCUAACAAGUCUGGACCUGCAGCAGAACCACAUCACUUUAGUGGAGGAGGGAGCCUUCCAGGGCCUGACGCAACUUACAACCCUGCUGCUGCAAAACAAUCGUCUGGGAACACUCAGCGAAGAGGUCCUCAUCCCCAUGCCCAACCUGGGCUAUCUACGUCUCCAUGGUAACCCUUGGAGCUGCCUCUGCCCGAUGGACAGCCUCAUCCGCACCCUGCAGGUCCCGAGCAACCGAUAUCUAGGAACACAUGCCAGGUGUGCAGAGCCCCUCAGGCUAAAAGGCCUAAAGUUGAAGCAGGUUGACCCUGAGAUGCUCUGUAAGGAGAUGGACCCAGCCGGGCACCCGCAAGGGGACGAGACAGAACCCUUAUUUCACAUCGAGCCCAGUCAUAUUCGCACCAAACCGGACGCCACCACGUCUUGCAACACCUACCUUUUUCCCCAAGUACGGAUGGACUGCAGUCACCGAGGUCUAACAGAGGUGCCGACAGGUAUUCCAGACGAUGUUGUUCACAUCGAUCUCUCCCACAAUUCCAUCAGUCAGCUCAGAGCCAAAGAUUUCCAUGCAGCGAGGAGCCUCAGAACACUAAACAUCAGCCAUAACAACAUGGAGAACAUUGAAAAAGCAUCCCUGUCUGGACUCCUUCACCUCCGAGAGCUGGACCUGUCCUACAACAGUGUGCACUUCAUCCAGUACGGGGUUCUUGAGGACCUUUACUUCUUGUCACAGCUGAAACUUGGAGGGAACCCCUGGGUGUGUGACUACAGCAUCCAUUACAUGGUCUACUGGCUGCGUCUGCAUCCGGGGGUGCGGCACUCUGGCUUGCUCUGUCGCUCCCCUCUGGAGCACAACGGGGAGCCUGUGCAGGAAUAUGUGAACUCCUACAACAGAGGCUGUCCAAAGGAGAGGCAGCAGAGCAGAGCAGAUCCAGAUGAAACAGACCCCAAGCUGUGGAACACACCGAUGGAGGUGCAGGGAGAGCUGGAAGAAGAGCUGGAGCCGAGCCACCUUAGAGUGCCACAGAAAUACCAGAUCUACAGGCUGUCCUGAGUCCAGUGAACAUUUGAGCCUAAAGUUUGACUUUAUUUCCCCGUCUUUAUUUCUUUCAAUCUCAUUAAACAGUCUGUAUCAGACUGAGUAACUAUG